CAUCUGAACACUUUUGAUGAGAAGUCAGAUGAGGCCAUCUUCCUAGGAUAUUCCAUGGUAAGCAAGGCAUUCAGAGUCUUCAACAAAAGAACCAUGAUUACGGAAGAGUCAAUACAUGUUAUUUUUGACGAAAAACAUGUGGAUGACAAGCCAUCAAAGCAUGACCAUGAAGUUCUGGAUCUAUCAGACAAGGAUGAAAAAGUCAAUAAAGGAGAUAGAAUGAAGCCCACGGAAUUCAUUCCAUUCAGAAGUCUGCCUCUGAAGACUUCACUGAGGAAUCCAAAUUUAGACAGUGCUGAGCCCUCCGGAAAUCUUGGCCAGCCUUCCAAUAUUCCGGAUAUCUCAAACGGGAACAAUUCCGGAAAUGGCGACCCAGUGCCAAUCUAUCCGGAAACACCAACAACCUCUGUUCUUCAACCAGAAGCUGAACUAAAUCAACCAGUCAAUCCCAAUCAACACCAAGAGCUUG